AUGCGACCUCCUUCCUUCUAUGGUGAUGGCAGACCUCUAGCGGCAGAGGAGUUCAUCAAGGUUACCGAGACCAUUCUCACGGUGACCCGUAUUACUCCUAUAGAGUGGGUAGAUCUUAUGGAUGUCCAACUCACCGAUACUGCACGGAUUUGGUGGAUGGCCGAGAAGAACCUUCUUGUGAGGCCGAUUUUAUGGGAGACAUUCACGGAGCGCUUCAACAGGAAGUAUUUCCCCCAGUCUUCCAGAGACGAGCUGCUUCGUCAGUUUGUCGAGCUCAAGAAGAGAGGUCGAUCGGUUGAUGAGUAUGAGGCUGAGUUCUCCUCUCUUAGUCGGUAUGUUCCUUACCUAGUUACCGACCCCACCAUCAGGAGGCAUCAGUUCCAAAAGGGUCUGGAUAAGUAUAUUAGAUUUUCUCUGGCUGGUAGGGCACUUGCGACUCAUGACACCGUGCUGGACGUAGCUCGCGAGAUCGAGCGUGUUCAGAAGGAACCCGAAGAUCCGCAUGUGGUCCACAGCAGACCACCAGUGGCCCCAGCCCGGAAUGUCGAGCGUCCCCCUCCGAGGCAGCAGCAGGCUCCGCAAAGACAGUAG